CAACUACUCAUUGUCAUAGCUAUUCGGAAAAUACAUACACAUCCUUUUCUCUUCGAUCUCUCUCAAUUCACAAGAAGCAAAAUGACGGAUACAGCUAGAACCCAUCACGAUAUCACAAGUCGAGAUCAGUAUCCCCGAGACCGAGACCAGUAUUCUAUGAUCGGUCGAGACCGAGACAAGUAUUCCAUGAUUGGCCGAGACCGAGACCAGUACAACAUGUAUGGUCGAGACUACUCCAAGUCUAGACAGAUUGCUAAGGCUGUUACCGCAGUCACGGCCGGUGGGUCCCUUCUUGUCCUCUCCAGUCUCACCCUUGUCGGAACUGUCAUUGCUCUGACUGUUGCCACUCCUCUGCUUGUUAUCUUUAGCCCAAUCCUUGUCCCUGCUCUUAUCACCGUUGCAUUGCUCAUCACCGGCUUUCUCUCCUCUGGUGGCUUUGGCAUUGCAGCUAUAACCGUCUUCUCUUGGAUCUACAAGUAUGCAACGGGAGAGCACCCACAAGGGUCAGAUAAACUGGACAGUGCAAGGAUGAAGCUGGGAGGCAAAGUUCAGGAUAUGAAGGACAGAGCUCAGUACUAUGGACAACAACACACAGGUGGCUAUGGACAACAGCAAACAGGUGGGGAACACGACCGUGACCGUACCCGUGGAACCCAGCACACUACCUAAAUUACGCCAUGACUAUUUUCAUAGUCCAAUAAGGCUGAUGUCGGGAGUCCAGUUUAUGAGCAAUAAGGUGUUUAGAAUUUGAUCAAUGUUUAUAAUAAAAGGGGGAAGAUGAUAUCACGAGUCUUUUUUUCUUUUUGGCUUUUGUUAAAUUUGUGUGUUUCUAUUUGUAAACCGUAUAUGUUGUACUUCUUUCCCUUUUUAAGUGGUAUCGUCUUAUGGUAAAACGUUAUGUUUGGUCUUUC